AUGAAGGACGUAAAUGCGCAAAAUAUAUAUACGCAAAAUGUAAAUGUGCAAAACGUAAAUAUGCAAAAGUACUAUUUCGAUAAGAUUAAGGAAAAUAUUAAACAAAUAAAGAAGUCUCAAAAUGCCAAUUUAUUACAAAAUAUUAAUGAGGGAAAUAUUAACCUACAUAAUAACUAUAUUUCAAAUACGAUUGAUACAAAGCAGAAUAACCAAAAUGAGGCAAAACAUAUUUUUGUUAAAGAUAUGCAAACUAAUGGAAGUAUAGAAUGUGAUCAAAAUUUAAGAAUAAAAAAGGAUUUAGAAGAAAAAAAAAAAUAUCUAAUAUAUUAUAACUACAACUGUAAGGAAAAUAUUAAUGAUUAUGAGAAUAACUAUAAUAUCUACAAGAAUUAUUUUAAUAAAAAUCAACCCAUGGAUCAACCAUAUAUUAUGUCAAAUAAUAGUGUUAUUCAAAAUAAUGUUAAUAAAGAAAAUAUACCACGGAAUGGAACUUCAAAGAAUAGCAAAAAUAAAUUCACUUCAGGUGUUAUUGGUAACAGUUUAAACAACAUCACAAUAGAAAAAAAUACUAACUUCAAUGAUAUGGGAGACACUCAUUGGUUUUAUAACUCCUGUUUUAACACUGCCAAACUAAUAAAGUACCAAGGGGAAAAAAGAACAGCAAGUAACAUGUAUUACGAGAAAGAGCCAGUAAAUAAUACAUGCUAUGAAAAAAAGUCAGUGAGUAAUACAUGUUACAAAACGAAGACAUAUAGUAGUAAACCUUAUGCAACGAAGUCGGUGAGUAGUACACGUUAUGGAACGAAUCCAAUGAGUGGCACACGUUACGCAACAAAUCCAACUAUUAAUAUGUCCCAUGAAAAAAAGUCAGAAGGAAACUGUUACAAAAUAAACUUAAAUGCGAUUAAUAAUAAGAUAAUUGGUAAAAACAAAAAUAUUCUUAAAGAUUGUUUCGAUCAAGAACUAAAUUUGAAUAAUAAUUUUUCUUUUCAAAAUUCUUUAAGAAAUAAAAGUGAUAGACUUUUUUUUUAUACAAAUUAUGCAAGUCCCAAAGGGCAGGUUGCUGAAAGAAAUUACGAAGAAUAUGGUGAAGAUAUUAUUAACAAAAAGUGCGUUAAUAAUCAGUUAGAUAAAAAAAAUAAAGUAUAUAUGGAUAAUAUUAGUAAUGAAAAUGUUAUUAAUUUAAGCUAUUCUAAAGGUAAUACACAUAGCCAAGGUAUAUUCCAUGAUUUGUCUCGUAAAAAUGAUAUAAAAGAUAACAAUGUUAACAAUACCAAUUUCAGAAUGGUGAAACGUGAAAAUAGCAUAUGUUUAUUCGGGGAGGGAAAUAAUAAUACCAUAGGAGAAAAUAGCAUAACGUCAAAUAACUGUAAAAUGACCAGAAAAAAAGUAAUGAACUCUGAAAGAGACAAUAAUGACAUCAGCUUACAGAGGUAUAGUAAUAAAGAAAAAGACAACUUAAAUGAGACUAUACACAUGAAAACUAAUACAUUUGUAAUUAAUUCUGAUGAAGAACGUAUAAGAGAAACAGCUAUAACACAGUAUAUUCUGCAUUCAAAGGAGGGUGGGUGUGAUAACAUGGCAGUUAUGUUACCAAGAACAGACACUUUGAUGAUGAAAAAACACGAUGAAAAUAAUGGCGAUAAUAAUACCAUCACAAAAUGUGAAUAUGAUGCAAUGAACUCAUAUCGAUUAAUAGACAACCUGAGGAUGGGAAAAGGUAAAACAUCUUCAGAUGGAUCAAAUUUAUUUCCAAUUUCACAGCCAUAUAGUCAUUUAUUAAAUCGUGAAAAAGCCAAUUCGCAUAACUCGUACAUAAUUUUUAAAAAAAAUAAAUGUGAAAAAUAUAAAAAGGAAAAUUUUAUUAAAGAAAAUGAUUUAUCCGAAAGAACAGCAAGUCUUAGUACUAGUAAGCAUGACCUAAAAAAUGAGGAAGAAAAAAAUAUACUAGAAAAUAAUAGUUUCUUUUUGAGUUCAUUCCAAAAGGUAAAAAAACUUAAGAACGAUUUAUCAUUUCAAGGAAAUAUAAAAGAACGAAUUGUUAGUAACAUAGAUAAGGAGGAUAAGACGGAUAGGAUUGAUAGGACUGAUAAAACUGGUAAGUCAAAUAAUAACAUUAAUUUAUUACCCGAACAAGCAUCAAACUGUACAUCAAUAAAGGAUAAUAGUAAAAAUGAAACUUAUGAGGAAAAGAAAAACGAAUAUGAUGAUUUAGGGAAAGAAAAUAAUACUCUGAAUGAAGAAGAAAUACGUCCUUUUAAGAAUGAAGUCACAAAUAUAUGUAAUGUUAAAAAAUGCGAAACAUAUUCAUAUCACAGGGAUGGUGAUAUAAAAAUAGGAAAUACGCAAGAGGGCGCUAUUCUGUUAUCACAAGAACAAUCCUAUAACCAAAUAAAAAAAAACAUAGAAGAGGAAAAUAUGCAUAGUAAUAAUUUCAGUCAUAUCAGUAUUAAUAAACGAAAAUUUGAAAAAGGAAAGAAAAAGGAUAACAGGAAUGCACAAAGUUAUACAAGUGAAAAGGUAGAUAAACCGAAGACAUUAAUUUAUAAGGAAUCAAAUCAGGAUAAUGUUAAGAAGAAUCAUAUAUGCAGCCAUAUGAAUAAUGAAGUACAAAUAAAAGAUAUAAAUGUACAAUUAAGUCACAUUUCAAAUGAACAGAUAGGGGUAAAAAAGGAAGAUGCAAAAUUUUUGGGAAUAGACGAAAGGAUAAUACAAGAAGGAACAUCCACGAAUAGAAAGAAAAUAUAUUCUCCCAAGGAAAUGGAUGCUGGUAAAGUGGACGCACUGGUGACAAUGGGAAAAGAAAACCUAGAGAAUAGUUUGAAAUUGGAAGAAUCAGAUGUAGGUGAUUGUGGUGGAAUUGUAGCAGAGAGGAAAUUUACAUAUAUAAAGGACGAUAAUAUGUGUAUAGAUGAGCGAAAUAGAUUAGAAAAGGAAUUGGAAUUAUAUUUUAAAAAGGAAGGAUACUUAGUAGUCUCUUCUGACUCGUUUUCUAGUGAAGAACCAGAGGAUUACGAAAGAGGUUAUGUGCAUUUGAAGGAUAGAAUUAAAUACCAUUCUUUCACCUUUUCUGAUAAAUAUAACAGUACAAAUUAUAACAAUAAUAAUGAUGAUAAUAAAAUAUCAAUUAAUACGGGAUGCUGUAAACUAGAGAAUUAUUACGUCUCCUCAAGUAGUGUAAACAUUUUUGACGAUAAGGAAAUCAAGGAAGUUUUCGAUGAAGUGACUAUAAACAGAAGUAGAAAAAAUAGUUUCUGCUUAAGCAAGGAGGUAUUUGAUAUAAGGAAAAGUUUGAAGAGAAGAAUGGAUUGUUUAAGAAACGAAAUAAAUGAUUUUGGAUUAUCAUAUAAGAGAGUUGGUAUAUUUGGCACGAACUCUAACCGCGCAAGUGGUAGUAGUAGUCGUAGUUGUAAUAAAAAUGAUUGUGAUUACAAAGACAAUGCACUUGAGAAAAAGAAGAAAAGAAAGAUAAGUAAAAAUAAAAAUAAUAAUAAUAAUAAAAUAAUACAGAAAAGGAAGCAGAAAAAGAAACAGGCAAAGAAACAGGCAAAGAAACAGGCAAAGAAACAGGCAAAGAAACAGGCAAAGAAACAGGCAAAGAAGCAGACAAAGAAACAAAAAAAACUCGACAUCAUGCAUUUUUUGUUUUCGAAAAAUACGAAUUUAAUAUUCACGCAUUUAUUGAAAAUUAAUAAAGAAAGAGAGGAAAACACAUGUGAAAAUCAACUUGAAGAUAAGCUAAAGAAGAAGUUUACCUCUAUAAUGCUUCCCAAUUCUGAAAAGGAAAGAAAUCUAAUAGAUAAAAUUAUUUAUUGUCUUGACCCAUCUUACGUAAAUAAUACUUUGGAUGAAAAAUUAAAAUGGAAACAGAAAAUGAGAUAUAUGCAAGAAAAAUUUCUUGAAUCGAUAUUAUGCAUAUCUUACCCGAACGAUUUAUGGAACGAAAAAAUGUUUGAGGCAUAUCUUAAUUCUUUAAACUUAAACUCCUUGUUAGAUGAUACUUUUAUAAAAUAUGAAAAGGAUCUAACUAUUAAUUUAUUUCAUCAUGAAGAGGAAAUCUUUUCAGAUGCAGGAAAUAUUGGAGAGGGUGGAUUUGGAGUUGUAACCAAAAUGAGAUUUUUAACCUGUCCACAAUCUUAUGCUAUCAAGAAAAUAUCAAAAGAUCAUAUAAUAAAAUCUCAAGCAGCUGGGCAAGCGUAUUUAGAAGCUAAAUAUCAUUCUGUAUUGAGUCACGUAAAUAUAAUUAAAAUGUAUGGAUGUAUGCAGGACGAUGAGUAUGUAUAUCAUGUACUAGAAUACUGUUCUAAAGGAAGUAUUUAUUCUAUAUCAAAAAAUUUUAGACGAAGAAUAAUUCCAGAUGAACUAGCAUAUAAAUAUUUUUGUCAUGUUGUUAAUGGUUUAUAUUACUUAAAUCAAAUGGGUAUAUUUCACCGUGAUAUAAAAAUGGAGAAUGUACUAGUAGAUUAUAAGGACAAUGCUAAGUUAUCAGAUUUCGGUUUGUCUGCUAUGAUCUUAGGUACUAAAAGCCAUUCUUCUUUAUGUGGGACACUUGUUUAUUUUUCUCCCGAAAUAGCAAGUGGAGAAGGAUAUGAUUGGAGAUCUGAUAUUUGGUCUUUAGGUGUUUUAUUAUAUGAAAUGUUAGUAGGGGAUGUCCCUUUUGAUGGUACAAAAAGUCAAAUUGUAGAAUCCAUUUUUUCAUGUAAUUUAAAAUUUCCUGACUUUGUUAAUCCAUUAGCUAGAAAUUUAAUUAAAAAAGCGUUGGUAGUAGAUGUAAAUAAAAGAAUCAAAUUAUGUGAUAUAUCAGAAGACCCAUGGAUGCAAGAAAUGUGGAAAUUAACUUUUCAGAAGGAGUUAGUAAAGAAUGAAAAUAUUAAUUCGUGUUGGGUAGACAAAAGAGAUGAUUUUAAUUUUAUAAGUACUUUGAUUAAGACACAGUGUUUUUCUAGAAGAAGUUUAAAUUCCUCUUUAAAUUAUUACGCUACUGGAAAUAGAAGUAAAUUAGACAAAGAUGAUCAUGAAAAUAAUAGCGAGAAUAUCGAUUCAUUAAUUUUAGAAACACAACAAAGGUUGGCAGAUUAUUUAGAAGUAGAAAAUUUUUACACCAAUGAAGAAAAUGCUUCCAGUUCGGAUGAUCUUAGUUCACGUGAAUCCGAUGUUUUUAUUUCUCAACUAAGUGAUUCGUCUGUAAAUAGAAAUUGGAAUGAAUUAGCGGAGUCAUACGAAAAAGUGGGCAAACUAGAACAUAAGGGAAAGUGGAGAAUGGGAUUUUUAAAGGAAAAGUAUGAGGAUCCCCAAUACGUGUCUAAAGGUGCAGAGAAGGAGGAAAACUAUAAAAGGGAGGAAACUACCCCUUUAAAAAUAGAUGAAAGGAAAGAUUUGGGAAAUGUGAAAAUAGUCGAAGAAAAAUGUACAGUAAGUAACGAGAGUGCCAUAUUGGGGCAUAGCGAGAGUGACAAAAUGUUAUCCCGAAAUGAAGACAUAUUUAAUAAGGAUAAAUAUGAUAAUCAUUCUGAGGAAAAUGAAAAUUUCAACAUUGCAAAUGAAUCUUUUUAUUGCACUUCUAAAAUUAUGGGUGAUAUGGUACAAGCAAACAGUGGACGGUCUACAUCUAAGACGAACGCUGGUUGUCGCGAUUCUGUUGUGGGUUCUGUUAGUGGUAAUAGAAAUGACAGUGGUGGUAGCAUUAGAAGUAGUAGAAGUAGCAAUGACAGUAGCAGUGAAAGGGAUAAUAAACUGAGCCUAAAAAACUUCAUAGACGAAAAGGCCCAUUCAGUAAUUAUAACAGAAGAAAGAAAAAAGAGCUGUUCUGCCAUCAGUUUAGAAGCAGACACGAAGGAAUAUGAAGACGCUUGCAUUGUUUACAACGAGAUGAAGAAAAAUGAAAGAAAGUCAAAUAUUAAUAUGCUAAAGGAAGAAGUAUUAUGUGAAAAAAUUUUAAACAAAAAAGGGGAUCACAUCCUUGAUAAUACUGUAAAUGUAAAGUUAGAUGAUGUUGAUAUGCAGUCAGAAACAUUAAAAAAAAAUGAUGACAAGUUAUCUGAAAGCGAAAAUGAAUAUCGUUCUUGUGAUAAGUAUGAUUUAUGUAAAAAUUGUUCUACAUUAAAUUUAUCUCUACAUAUGGACACGUUAGAAAAUGGUAGUAAAAUACCUUGCGAAGGAGAAAAUAUGAAUACUCGAAGUGAAUAUUUUACAAUUGUAGAAGUAACAACAAGUGUAGGUGCUGGUGAGGAUGUAAUAUUUAACAGCGCGGUGGAUGUUUAUAAAGGUAAUAAGGGAGAACAUAAGCAAAAUGAUAAAAUUGAUGAAAUUGGCAAAGUUGAGCAAAUUGGCCAAAUUGACAAGGUUAGCGAAAUUAAUGAAAUCUUGGGAGUAAUAAAAAGCGGAGAAAAUAAUGAUAACAAGAAUAUUAAUAACACAUCCAUCGAAGGGAACUAUAAAUUAAGUCAAAAAACUGAAGGAUUUAACAAAGUAGACAAAUCCUAUAUACCAAUUUAUGUUAUUAAGGAAAAGAAAAAAGAAUUAUUAAGUAAAAAUAGUUCUAACAAAAUAAACCUAGAACUGAAAGACAGAUCCUUACAUAAGAAGACGACUAAUGAUUGGCAUUUAAGGAACAGCGACAAGGAAAAAUUUGAAGUUAUAGGGGAAAACAGUAAUGAACUGUUAAAUGACAAAACUUUGCAUCAUAUGAAUAAAUCUACAGAAGAAGAAGUGAUAAAUAAAAAAAAUAGGAUUAGCUUCAGAAAUAGCGGCGAUAUUGGAGGCGGAAGAGAUCAUACCAAUUACAUCAUUAAAAACAUAAGAAAUAUUCACAAAAACGCAAAGAAAUUUGACCAAAUUGAAGGAGAAUCUGGGGAUUUAGAAGGGAUGCAAGCAAGAAGGAUCAAGGACAAAUCUACGUAUAAUUUAGAAAAAAUGAGACGAAGAACUCUGGAGGAAAACAAUUGUUUUAAAGGAAAGAAUAAAGACGACUUAAUUGACAGAAGCGUAGAUACAAUUUUAAUAAAAAUGAAUUCUGGAAAAUUUUAUAGUAAAGAAAAGCUUGUUACAGGAAGAGAUAAUUGCAAAGGGAGUGCAUUAAAAAAGAAGAGAAAAGAAAUAGUUACUGAAAGUAAGGAAAAUAUUAAUGAUAAAACAUAUUAUACUGAAGAUAGUAUACGCAAUAAUGUGUACAAUUUAGAUGGGGGAAGUUUGUAUGAUAAGUAUAUACAAAAAAUAAAUAAAUUAUAUCUAAAUAUAAAAAAUAAAAAACUUCUGUAUGAUAUUGAAAAUAGGAAAAGUGUAACAAGUGAAGACAAUUAUAUACUAAGUAGUAAGGAUCGUUUGAAUGUUCAAAGUGGAAAAAAUAUGGAUGAAAAGGUUAGAAGCGUCAAUGAAAAUAAUAGCAAAAGGGACAGUAGGGAUAGUAGGAAUAGCGGGGAUAGUAGGGAUACUGAAUUUAAGAGUUACACAAGGAAUGUCAAUGGUAAGACAAAUAGCACGAUUAAAUUUGAUAAAAAACUUACAGAUGUAAAUUUUCAAAAUAUGGUAUAUAGGACGAGAUUCAAUAGUAUAAGUAAUUCUUCUCAUGAUGCGUGUGAAUAUAAGUUGUAUCGAAGUAAGGAUUUCUUAUAUAAUAAUAAGAGCAUGUCAAAAAUGAGGAAGAAUGUAUAUUCUAACGUGUGUGAUGAAAAACUUUUAGAUGAUAAACUAGUUAAUAUUGAAAAAGGAGUAACGAAUGAACAGAAUUAUUUCAUGAAUAAAUACAAAAAGGAGAAAACAUUUUUGGAGUUAAAACAGGAAAUUGUUAAUGUUAGUCCUGUAAAUGCCAAAACGAGGAUAACCCCGGAUUUUAUUACACCGAAUAAGAAAACAAUUAAUUCGAGCAGUAUUGCUAAUGUGGGUUCCUUGGUGAAUGACAAGGAUGGUAAUAUAAGCGGUGGUAGUAGUAGCACUGGUAGUAGCAAUAGUGAUAAUAACAGCAUUGGUAAUAGCAAAGGUGGUGAUAGUGAUUGUGACAAUGAUCAUAAUAAAGGGGGAAAUAAAUUAUUCCAUGUUAGCGGGAAUACAUUAAGUUCCUCUAAUUCGGAUAAUUCGAGUGACAGAUAUCUUUGCAAAGAAUACAAGAGAAAUAGAACAGCUGAAUUGGGAUAUAAAAAUUUUUUAAAACGAAUAAGGAAUGAUUACAAGGAUCCAAAGAACUGCAUGAGUAGUUAUGAAGACACUGUAGGUAAGAUGGACAUUACAUAUAGUAUUCAUAAAAAAGAUAAAUAUCAAAAGGAUAAUGCACAUAAUAAUAAAAUAAUAAAAGAUGAUGAAAAAAGCACAGAUCCUUUUGGAGUACUAGCUUUUAAUAACAAGGUAACUUUUAUGGCUCUACAAAGUUCAAAUGAUAUAGGAGAUUUAUAUUAUGACCAUGAAUGUAUGAAGGUAAAUAAGAAGAAGGGUAAUAUAUCUUUACAUUCGAAGAAGGAUAUGUCUUAUAAAAUAUCAAAUAUACAAUUAAGGUCAAUAACUCAGAAAAAUAAAUUAAAUAAUGUUCUAACCGAGGAGGUAGAAAAAGGUGGAAGUAAAUUAUAUAAAAAAGGAAUUCUUCAAAAAACUGCAUGUAAAACAAAUGUGAAAAAAAGUCUAACUAACAGAAGUUUAUCUGAAGUUGCAUUUAAUGUAGGAAAUGGAUGUAAGAAUAUUUCUAAGGUGAACAGCAAUGUGCAUAUUAACAAAGGUGUCUUUAAAAUAUCAAAAUAUGGUAAUGUGUGCAAUAACAGUAUAGGUAGAAAUAGAAGGGGUGUCAGCGCCAGCAGUAUUGCGACUACCCCUAAAAGGGGUGGUAGUAACACGGAUACUGCUAAAAGGGGUGGUAGUAACACGGAUACUGCUAAAAAAGGUGGUAGUUAUACUGAAACGGCUAAAAGGGGUAAUAUUAACACGGCUACCACUAAAAGGGGUAGUAGUUACACUUCUACAGUUAGAAGUAGUAGUAAUAGGAUAGCUGCUAAAAGUAAUGGUAGCAUACUCACCGCCAAUAGAGCUGGCAGUAGCACUUCUACCGCUAGAAGAGAUGGUAGUAACAUUUCUACAGCUAAAAGAGAUGGCAGUAGCACUUCUACUGCAAGAAGAGAUGGCAGUAACAUUUAUACAGCUAAAAGAGAUGGAAGUAACAGUUCUACAUCUAGAAGAGUUGGCAGUAACAUUUAUACAGCUAAAAGAGAUGGAAGUAACAGUUCUACAUCUAGAAGAGUUGGCAGUAACAUUUAUACAGCUAAAAGAGAUGGAAGUAACAGUUCUACAUCUAGAAGAGAUGGCAGUAACAUUUAUACAGCUAAAAGAGAUGGAAGUAACAGUUCUACAUCUAAAAGAGAUGGCAAUAACAUUAGUAGCACUCAAAAAGAUUGUAGUAGCAGGCCGACUGCUAACAACACUUGCAAUAAAAAGACUUCCCCAUUCGUGAGUAAAAGAAUUACUUCAUUGAAAACUAGCCUUGCUAUGAAACCUUUUGCUUCAGAAAAGAAAUUGGAUGAACAGAACAGUACUAUGACAAGAAAUGAUGGAGGAGUACAUAAGAAGUAUACAGAAGGUAGCAUGUUAACCAGGUUACCAAAAUAUAAUAUUGUCAAUAAUGUUUCAAAAAUUUUUAAAGAUAUAAAAGAAGAGAGUAAAUUAAAUGAAGCUGAUCAAAGAGGAAAAGUUAAUGGUGGAAUGGGGGAAAUUCAUGCUGAGAAGAAGGAUAUGUUUUGUACAUUAAAAAAGACAGUUUCAAGUAAAGGUAUGAAUGGUAUCAUAUUACUCAACAGAAGGAAGGGCGAACUAGAUAAAGAAAAUAGAAAUAAUAUUAAAAAUGAUAGUAAUAAUAAAAAUGAUAGUAAUAAUAAAAAUGAUAGUAAUAAUAAAAAUGAUAGUAGUAAUAAAAAUGAUAGUAAUAAUAAAAAUGAUAGUAAUAAUAAAAAUGAUAGUAAUAAUAAAAAUGAUAAUAAUAAUAAAAAUGAUAGUAAUAAUAAAAAUGAUAGUAAUAAUAAAAUUGAUAGUAAUAAUAAAAUGAUAAUAAUAAUAAAAAUGAUAGUAAUAAUAAAAAUGAUAGUAAUAAUAAAAUUGAUAGUAAUAAUAAAAAUGAUAGUAAUAAUAAAAAUGAUAGUAGUAAUAAUAAUAAUAGAAAUAAAAAUAGUAAUAAAAUUAGUAAUAAAAAUGAUAAUAAGAAUAAAAAACCAUGGGAUGACAGGUAAAAUAGUUUCACCGAGACAGAAGAAAAAUGUUCACGUGAGCGAAAAAAAAAAUUUGAACAUGGAAAGAUCUAAUAGUUUACAGUUAAGUAAAAAUAAUAAGAGAGAUAAUAGUAGGGAUAUAGUAGGAAGCCCUUUAAAUAAAAAGGAUAUUAAAGGAAUAAUAUCAAAUGGAACAGAUGAUGUAAAGGGUAAAACUGGACAAGAUAAUGAAAAUAUUUGCUUAUCGAAUGAAAACAUUACUAAUUUAGAUACGAACUUCCUAGACACAUCAGAUGCACAAAGUAUCACUUUACAGGAUGAGGGUAAGAGUGGUGAGGAUAUUUUACAAGGUAACAGAAAAAUAAUACUCACAAAUAAUAUAAAGAACUCAAAAAUCAAACAAUACCUAAAAAGUAAAAUAGAAAAGAUAAAAAAAGAGAAGGAAUAUUCAGUACUAAGUAAAGUACAAACAGUACGUCAGCAGGAGAACAAACAAGAAAUUAUGUACUCAGAUUUGUAUAAUGAAAAAUAUCAUUCUAUUUUAUGCCAAAAUAAAAAAAUGUUUUGUAACACCAAGAACGAUAAGGUCAUAAAUUCAAGAGUGACGAGCCCCAAAGUUACGAGCCCCAAAGUUACGAUCCCCAAAGUUAUGAGCCCCAAAGUUACGAACCCAAAAUUGACGAACCCAAAGGUGACGAGCGCAAAGGUGAUAAGUCCAAAGGUGAUGAACUCAAAGGAGGGAAAAAGAUCAGUAAGUGAAAUUUCUCUAAAAUGUGGUAUAGAGCAAAUUAUUAACAAACAAAAUAAUGAGCCCAAAAUGAAAAAAAAUUACAUAUUGUCUAGGAAUACCCAAAAAUGUGAAAAUGAGACCAUUUUACAAACAUACUGUACUAAAAACGUAAAGACAAAAGAAUUAUUGGCUAGGAGUAAAAGUGAAACAACUAAGCAUAUCCGUUUUGUUCCUACGGAUGGAAAAUUAUUGAUCUCUUAUAAUUCGAUGGAUAAAAUGGGGAAACGUGAUGAUAAUGAAGAAUUACAAAUUAAUGACUGUAUAAGGGGUGAAGUGCUAAAUGAAGGAAGUAAAGUGGAAAAAGAAAAACUAAGGCACAAGGAUGUGAGUAGUCCUGCUAAUGAGCAUAAACAUGACGGUAAAUGUGCAAGUAACUAUAGCUGUAACUGUGAAGAUAACUGUGACUGUAAGUGUGGAGGAAAAUGGGGCAGUAAAUGCGGAGGUAGUAGCAAACGGGACAUAGUGUACACAAAUAUACCGUUUUACAAAAGUGUAAACGUUUUGAAUAUUAAAAGUAAGGUAGACACAAUUAUAUGCAAAAAAUCAAAGGAUAUAACAGAUAAAAAAUGUGGCGAAAAUAAUGAGAUAGCUAGAAAUGUAAAUACGUUUGAAACGUCAAGUAGAAUUUUAGAAAGUAAAAAUAGGUACUCAAAUAAUAAGUAUUCUACUUCGCCAAGUGGUGAAUUAAAAAACAAAAAUAGUUUGAUUACCAAUUUUGAGUAUAAGAAAUCAAAUAACGUUACUUCGAAAAGACAAAAUUCUGUACCAUUAGAUACAAAAUUUCAUAUAUCUAAGUGUAUUGUUACUAGUAGUAAAAAAGAGUAUAGUAAAGAUUUAUUAGGGCAAAAAGGGUCAGUUAAGAAAAAUGAAAAUUCAUUUUUUAAGAUAACAUGUGAUGAAGAAUUACAAAAUAAGCUCUUAAAUUUGAAUAAGAAAAAUGUGUACAACAGUAUAGGAAAAGGAGAACAGGACAAUAUUAAUGAAAAGUACGACAGUAACAUACACAAUAAUAAUAAGUAUAAGAUCAACUCUGAUGUUAAUGAGUAUGAUGAAAUGGCUUACUUUGAAGAAGGUGCUACUGUUGAUGAUAAUCCUAAAAUUAAUUCUAGCUAUAUCUACGCUGGUGAUAACAGGAGCAGAGAAAUUAACGACAAAUAUGAUAUGUAUUGCGGUAAGAAAAACAACUGUAGUAACAUAGAAGACUUAAGGAAACUAAGUAAUACAGAUUGUGAUGAUCCUUUUAAUUUUGAUAAAAACAAUAAUAAGCAUUUAUAUGAACUUUUUAAGAAAUAUUUCAUGUGCAUAAGAAAAGAAAUGAAAGGGGAAUUGAAGGCAAGUUUAUCUAAUACAUUUGAUGAAAAGGAAUUAAAUAUUAUUGAACAAUACAUUUUGAAUCAUCUUUCUUUUAACAAUUUGGGAUGUGUCACUUCUAGUUCUGAUAAAACAGAAAGGGUUCAACAGGUUAGCAGCGUUGAUAUAGUUAAGGCAAGUGAAGAGAUAAUGAAAAAUGAUACAUUAUGUAAUAAAUUGAUGAAUAUGGAACCAGAGAAUUAUUUUGAUGUGAAAUCGAGUUUUCCGCAUAUACAAAACGGUAAUACAAUGUUUGUGAAUGAGAAACAAAAAUUUCGUUUAACUAAUUUAAAAAAAAGUAACAUGUGUAUUAUUGAUGUGUGCAUGAAUCAUCAUAAUAGAAAUAUUAAGAAGAAUAUUAUGCAAAAUUAUCAAAAUAUAUAUGAUACGAAAACGAAAGCGAAAAUGAAACCGUAUUUUAAAACUAGUACUAAUAAUGAUGCUUCUUCGUGUAAUAUUGUAUUACCCUGUUCACCUAUAUCUACAUUUUUGAAUAAGGAUAAAAAGGAGGCCAUAAUGAAAAUGUAUGAGGGUAAUAGUGUAACCAAGGUUUCUCGAGUAAGUAAUACGAGAGAAAUAGAAGAAGAACAAAAAUGUGAAGGGGGUCCUACCAAUAAGUGCAAUGACGGCAGAAAUGGUAGCGGUAUUAAUGGCAGUUUUAAUAAAUGCAUAGAUUCAAGCACGUUAUUAAAACAAAGAAAUGUAAAAAAAUGUUCAGGUAAUUAUAGUGAGAAAAAUUGCAAAGUAUAUUCUUGCAUAGCAAAUAACGAAGUAUAUAAUGUGGCAAAAAAAAAUUGUUUCCUAAGGAACGAAAAAAAUAUUAGGUAUAUUCAUCAUAAAAAUGUGGAAAAAGAAAACGCUAGAUCCUAUACGGCCAAUUAUCAUACAAAGAAAAGUGUUUAUAACAAACCUGAUAUAGAUAAUUUAAAUAAAGGGGAGCAGGUGGUUGUUUCUAAAUCAUCAUCCAACUGUAUUAAUGGCGACUUUGUAAAAAGAAAAAAUAGCUCAAGUAUAGAAAAUUCUGGAAAUGUACCUGAUAAUAACGUGUUAGGAUGUUUAUUAUACAAUAGCUGCUCCAAUAAAAAACAGGUAAAAAGUGGUAACAACAAUGGUGAGGGAGACAGGAAUAGCGAUAAUGGGCAUGUGAGUGAUAGGAACUGCAGUGAUAGGAAUAAUAACUAUUAUUAUAGAAAAUGUACUUAUGCCGAAAAAACAACUAACCCGCCAUACCCUCACCGUCAAAUUAGAAAUGUUAGAUGUAUGUCUAACAGUACAAUGGAUAAUAAAACAUAUUGUGUGAAGAAAUUGUUAAACUGUAAUGACAAAGGAAUUAAUGUAGUUAUUAGAAAGGCAGAAAAAACUCAUAAGAUGCAAUUUGACGACAAUGAAUUAACAGAAAUAAAAAUGUCUUUAAAUGAACGCGCAAAAAACAUAUUUGCAAACCCAGCAUUACCUAUUACACAAAAUAAUCGAAAUUAA